AUGGCAGCCAGAACACCAAAAUAUCCACUGGGCUCUCCUCAAGAGCAUAUUGAAAUGUGUAAAACCCACGAUUUACCUAUUGAUGUUAUAUGUGAGGACUGUGAUGAAUUUAUUUGUGGUAAAUGUGCUAAAACAGAUCAUAAGGAGCAUGAAUGGAGCACUCUACCCACGGCAGCCACCCAAAGGAGGAGGGGUUUACUUAAGUUUCUGAAGAAGAUCAAGGAAAAGAAUCUGCAUGGGAUAAAUGAAAAAAUCGAGAAAGUGUCAAAUCAGAUCACAGAAAAUAAAGAACUGUGUGACACUCAGAUUAAAAAACUUCAGAGGCAUGUUGAUGAGAUAAUGGCCAGGUUGACAGAAAUCAGGGAAAAUAAUGAACGAAGAUUAACAGAGGAUUUGGAGGAAAAAAAUAAAAAGUUGAACAGUGUGAAAUCUGAGCUAAACAAAAGGAAGAAAGAAAUAGAAGAGAUGGUAAUGUUUAUGGAGGAUAACAACAGCACCAUGUCUGAUUAUGGCUUCCUUGACAAUCACAGGGAACUUAUGGCACGCCGAUUGGUUCAAAAUUAUUUUCUGCACAACGAUCACGAUUUUAUACACGAGCUAGAAGAAAAAUAUACACGAGCAUUGUGUGAAGAUCAGUGCUACAUGAGAGAAGCAAAGUCACUUUCCAUUGAACAAGUAAACAAAGAUGGCGAGAAAAAACAUACAUAUGAUAUUGCUGCUAAUUAUCUGUGUGUGACUGAUACUGGUGAUGUUUAUUUCACUGAUGGUGAAAGCUAUUCCAUCAACUGUUUGUCGUCAUCAGGAUCUGUCUCUACAGUCAUCAGUACAGAUUCACUGAUACCAGACGGAAUCUGUCAAUCAGUGGACGGUGGACUACUGGUCACCUUGACAGACUCAGAGAAUUUUGAUUUAGAGUCACACAGCAGACGUCUGUUGAGACACAUUAGAGUGACAGGCGAUGUCAUCCAUGAGUAUGAGUACCAGGAGGACGGUCAGACCAGAUUGUUUAUAUAUCCAUACAGAGCCACACAGAACAGUAACAGUGAUAUCUGUGUUGUGAACUAUACAUGUGAAAUCACAGGUGAACUAGUGAUUAUGUCUCCCUCUGGUCGUAUGAAGUCUGUCUACCGUGGACAAAACCUAACAGCAAACUUUAGACCAGGUGAUGUAGUGUAUGACUCCCUCUGUAACAUCCUUGUUACUGACUUAGACAAAAAGCAGAUCCAUUUGCUGAGUCCUGACGGGGAGUUCCUGAAGUUCUUACUCCAGGAGAAUGAAGUGAACCAUCCACUCACACUGUCUCUAUACAAGUCUACACUGUGGAUCCAGAUGAAGGGGAGUCCAUUUCAUGUCCAGGCCAGCAAGGUGCCUUCACUGGUCCAGCAGCAACCAAAUUCAAGAGAUGAUGUUUUCAGCUGUGGAGAAGUGGAUAAAACAGCUCAGCAGCUGGGACAGGACAGAUUACAGGAGCUUUACAUUUAA